AUGGAAAUAAGUGAGGAUGGUGUCCUAAAGCCCUCCACGGACGAGCCUCUACUAGUCCAUGGAGACUCCUACAUCAAUCAAUGGUUCUGCUCAGACAGCAGUAUCCGUCUGAUGAUGGAGAUCCAGAUUGGAGUUGAGUUCUGUUUUCCACAACUCAACAGGUCCUGCAGGAGGCCAACACCUCACUGGUCUGAAACUGUCCUCCUGAACAUCGUGUUGUCCUUCUUCUCUCUGAUCACAGCAUUUCUAAACCUCCUCAUCAUAAUCUCAGUCUCCUAUUUCAGGAAGCUCCAGAAACCUUCUAACAUCCUCAUCCUCUCUCUGGCUGUGUCAGAUUUCCUUGUUGGCAUUUUAAUCAUUCCAUUUGAAAUCUUUAGAAAGACAAAAUGCUGGAUUCUCGGUAAUAUCACAUGUUUAUUUUACUAUUAUUUUGCCUGUGUUUCUCUCGGUGCUUCGACUGGAACCAUUGUUCUUAUAUCAGCUGAUCGCUAUGUGGCUAUUUGUUACGCUCUGCAUUAUCCCACCAGAAUAACCUUACCAAGAAUGAAAUUCUGUGUUUGUCUUUGUUGGAGCUGUGCUGCUUUCUAUGUAACUUGCUUGUUAAAAGAUGAGCUGAUUCAGCCAGGCAGGAGUAAUUCCUGCAUUGGAGAAUGUACAGUAUCUGUUGAUUAUAUUGCAGGAACUUUUGAUCUGUUUAUAACAUUUUUAUUUCCAGUUACAGUCAUCAUAGUUCUGUAUAUGAGAGUAUUUGUGGUGGCUGUGACUCAGGCUCGUGCCAUGUACUCUCACAAUAGAAGUGUCACCCUUCAGCUUUCAGUGCAACAACAAACAAAGAAAUCAGAGCUAAAAGCAGCCAGAACACUGGGUGUUCUUGUUGUUGUAUAUCUGAUGUGUUUCUGUCCAUAUUACUGCUGCUUUUAUUUUAUAGAUAGUUUUACAACUACAACAUUUGUAUCAUUCUUGUUCCUUCUCAUGUGUCUUAAUUCCUGUCUAAACCCUAUGAUCUAUGCCAUGUUUUAUCCCUGGUUCAGAAAAGCUGUUAAACAUAUUGUAACUUUACAGAUCCUGAAGCCCGGCUCCUGUGAGGCCAACAUACUGUAGAUACUGUGGACUGAGGGACGUACAACCUCCUGACCAGUUUACAAUUCUAAAAUCUAAAGUCCAGUGAAGGAGAAAAAAUUGUCUUCAUUUCCUACAUUAUAAACAUAAAUGUAUGUAGAGAGCAGGGCCGGUUCUAGGCUGGCAUAUUUGAGGGGGCAGACAGAAUUGUGAAGGGGGAAGAUUGUGGUGAUGGAGGACGAAAAGUUGUAUUGGUGGUGCAGGUAUUCCAGGAUCUUUUAGCCAUGUUAUUGGAUUGUAUUUUGUUAGACUUUGAUCUUCCCUUUUUCUCUCUGUCCCUGAAACCCUUAUUCGUGUAUUCAUCACAUUAUAAAUCAACUACAGCAAUAGCAUCUAUAUGGUAUCCCAUCCAAAGCCCUCACCAAACUACAAGACAUCCAGAAUUGUCCUUCCUGUCUCCUAACCAGUGACCACAUCACCUCCAUCGACUUCCUCUCCCACAGUGCAUUACAUUCAAAGUCCUCCAUAACCGGGAGCCCUCCUACCUCUCUAACCCGCUCCACCACCAUGCCCCAUCCCUCUGCCUCCCCUCCCUCUCCAACAGGACCAAGCUCUGAACUUGUGGAGACUCAGCUUUCUCCAUGGCUGUCUCCACCCUCUAGAACUCACUCCCACAACCUCUCCACAACUGCUCUGACCUCUCCACCAUUAAAACUCUGUUUUACAGUUUAUGUUUUAUUGUUGCAUAAUCUGUCUGUUUAACCUUGUCUUUUUACAAAAUCUCUAAAGUUCUUCAUUAAUAAAAUAUAUUAUUCCAUUUUAUGACCCAAGACCUGUUCUACUAUGAGAAAAUCAUUAACAUCAGAUCGACCAUUCAUUCCUCCAUGUCAACAUGCACAAUCAGACCACAGCUGCAGCAACACAGGUUUGUGGCAGUUUUCAGUGUGAUUACUGCUAAAACACUGGGGGACAUAAUAAAGAUCUUAAAUUCAUCUACCUGCUGUCUGGACACCCUGCCAACUAAACUUCUUUUAAAUGUUUUUAGCUGUGUUAAACCCCGACUCUGAUGUAAAAUGUGUGAAGGAUGGGGGUUACAAGAAACAGGGCAGUGGAAAUAAAAAUUUGUUUGAUUUGUCAUAAAAGGUUCUAAAAACAAGAGAACAAACAGAUCGUGAGCAUUAGUAAAAUAAAUGCCAAAUGAAAACAGGACUAUAAUGUUUACGUUUAAAAGACCAAUUAUCAACAUUAAAAACACCUGGUUAAAACGUUGUUAAAGGUUUUAACUCACUAGAAGGCAUGUUUAAAACUCGCAUA